UGGUGGAGCCCAAUCGCUGCCCCUCGCCUCGCUCCCGUUGGGGUCUCUGUUGUUGGUUCUUAAUGGGUUUUGUCCGCUAACGAUCUUGGAGAGACAGAAAAGAAGCCUUCUUUUCCUCUAAAUCCGCUGCUUGGAAGCCGAACCCAAUAAGAAGAGUCGACUUCAUCAUCUCGUUCUCCAGAUCUGAGGUCGCCGGACAACCGAACGCCCAAGGCUGGAGUGAUCUGAAGGUCUCUUCUUUUCGUUAUGUAAUGCGUCGGGUUUGGCGUGAUUCUGUGUGGCGCUCUCUUCUGGGAUCCCUCCCGCUCCGGUGCGGACGCCUGAUGAAAAGACGUGCGUUUUAAGAUUGGUGCGGAGAUCGCGUGGUCGUUAGCUGGUUUAUUUUCUUCGAUUUCGUGCUUGAAAGGGUGUUGGAUUGUGAUUCUGCGACCUUUUUCUUCGGCCGGGCGGUUGAGAGCUGAAUUUGUCCAAUAAGUGGCAGAUCUUUUCCGAGUUUAGUUUCUGCCUUUGGGGGAGGAAAAAUUGCUUCUUUUGCUUGUUGGAUACAAAUUGAUUUAGGAUAGAUGUCACGAACUCGGAGGCGAGCCUGGAUGAGAUGAGGGAUGUUAGCGGCCUUGAUGAACAUACUGAAGGCCUGCUGGCAACCGGCGGUGGGUGGACAUGUCCACACAGGCUCCGAUGUUGUAGGCCGGCAGGAUGGUCUUCUAUGGUACAAGGAUAGUGGCCAGCACAUAAACGGGGAGUUCUCCAUGGCUGUCAUCCAAGCAAACAGCUUGCUUGAGGACCAGAGCCAGAUCGAAUCUGGACCACUGAGCUUGCUUGAUUCAGAGCCUUAUGGUACCUUUGUCGGUGUAUAUGAUGGUCAUGGAGGCCCUGAAACCUCCUGUUAUAUCAAUAAUCAUCUUUUUCAGCAUCUUAAGCGAUUUGCAGCUGAACAGCAGUCCAUGUCAGCUGAAGUAAUACGGAAGGCAUACCAAGCUACUGAAGAAGGUUUUCUCUCUCUGGUUACCAAGCAAUGGCCUAUAAAGCCUCAGAUUGCAGCUGUAGGCUCAUGCUGUCUUGUUGGAGUAAUCAGUGGUGGUUUGAUAUAUACAGCUAAUCUCGGGGACUCCCGUGUUGUUCUUGGGAAACUUGUUAAAGCAACUGGCAAAGUUUUGGCUGUCCAGUUAUCAGCAGAACACAAUGCUGGAAUUGAAUCUGUGAGACAAGAGUUGCAGUCAAUGCACCCAGAAGAUAAACAAGUUGUUGUUUUGAAGCAUAAUGUUUGGAGGGUGAAGGGUCUAAUCCAGAUCACUAGGUCGAUUGGCGAUGUAUACCUAAAGAAGGCAGAAUUUAACCGGGAGCCACUGUAUGCAAAGUUUCGUCUUCGUGAGCCUUUCAAAAAGCCUAUACUCAGUGCGGAACCAUCGAUUUCUGUGCAACCAAUGCAACCACAGGAUCUGUUUCUUAUAUUUGCAUCUGAUGGGCUCUGGGAGCAUCUUAGCAACCAAGAAGCUGUGGAUAUUGUUCAUAACAAUCCUCACAGUGGGAUUGCUCGUCGGUUGAUCAAAGCUGCACUCCGAGAAGCAGCAAAGAAGCGGGAGAUGAGAUACUCCGAUCUCAACAAGAUCGAUCGUGGGGUUCGCCGCCACUUCCAUGACGACAUAACGGUCAUCGUAGUCUUCCUCAAUGCUGACCUUGUAAGCGGGGCCAGCUCACUCAAGGGCCCCACUCUGUCGAUGAGAGGGGGUGGGAUCAACUUGCCUGCCCACUCUCUUGCCCCUUGUACAACACCCACAGGGCCCUGUGCCACCUGAUGGAGCCACCCUACUUCUUGUUGCUGCUGAGGUUGUUGCCUCAUCUUCAACAACACCUCCAAUGUCAUCGUAGCGACCGAGAGAAGAGCAGCGCCAGUCUUAUCUCAAAACGUCUCCUGGUUCAAAUGGUUCCUUUUUGUAGUAUCUUCAAGAGAAUGAUGACUCCGGGUUGGGAAAUACCGGGAGAAACUGGCCGUAUGUACCAAGUAAAAACUGAGGCCAAAACGUUGUCGAUAUCUCAUCGUCCUAUCAAAUGCUCAUUUACCUUGGUUGUGUUCCUGGUAAA